AUGGGGGGGAAAUGGACAUACUGCGCUGUCUAUUCCAUCAUCCAGAUACAUUUUGUCAGGGGAGUAUUGGAAGAAACGUUCAAUGCAGAAGAAGACAUUUAUGCAUUACCUAGUUCUGAUGUCAACCUGACCUGCCAAACACAGAAGAAAGGCUUCUUGGUGCAGAUGCAGUGGUCCAAGGUCACUGAUAAGUUGGACCUGAUUGCCCUUUAUCAUCCCCAACAUGGCUUUUACUGUGCCAGUGGGAGCCCCUGUGAGUCGCUGGUGGCUUUCAGAGAAGCUCCCAGGAAUGUGUCAAAGUGGGCUCUGCACUUAAGGAACAUGUCCUCCUUGCUCACUGGGAAGUGUGAGUGUAGUUUCACUCUGUACCCAGAGGGCAUUCAGACGAAAAUCCACAACCUACAGAUUCAGACAAAUGUUACGCAGGAUGAAUGGAGAAGCAACCAUACAAUAGAAAUAGAGAUAAAUCAGACUCUGGAAAUGCCGUGCUUUCAAAAUGUCUCCUUAGAAAUUUCAUCUGAGCUCACCUUCGCAUGGUUGGUGGAAGGCAGUGGCACAGACUCUUAAGUCCUACUUUAUGUGGGUAUAAAAGAGGAUAAUGGAACUCAGGAAACACUUCUCACCCAGUAUCACCCCAUCAGCAAUUCCACGUUAUUUAAAGACAGAGUCAAGCCAGGUACAGACUACAGCCUCUACCUCUCUCCAGUCCAAAUCCAGGAUGAUGGCCGGAAGUUCCCUUGCUAGGCUGUAGUCAGGUCUGGCAAAAUCUUCAGGCGCUCCACCACGGUCAGGGUUUUUGCUAAGACUAAGCCAGAAAUCUCCACGAUUGUGGAAAAUAAUUCCAUGGGUGUCUUCGGAGAGAGAAUAUUUACCUGCUCACUGAGGAAUGUAUUGCCCACAGCAAAUCUUACAUGGUUUAUAGAGAAGAACUUCCCUCAAGGUGAAAGAGAAGGUAAGGAAAUCAGUCAAUGGAAAAAUACACAUACUAAUGAAAAGAGAAAAGACAAAGGAGGAUUUGGGGAACUGAAGUCUGUUUUGACAAGUGUGUAUGAUAAUAAACCAGCCCAAUCAAACAACCUGACCAUCUGGUGUAUGGCUGUGUCUCCAGUCCCUGGAAACAAAGUGUGGGAUAGCUCAUCCGAAAAGAUCACGUUUUCCUUGGGCUCAGUGAACCCUCCAACAGACUCUCUGCUUGAUGCUACAACAUCUGCCCGUGGCAUCCAGCCUUCUCCAGCCAACAGCAUGUCUCCUACAAGCUACCAGACUCCAUCUUCAACAGCCCUUGUAGAUGUGACUACAUCGACUCCAAACGUCACCCCUCCAAGUGCUCAAACCAGCAAUUACGACCUGACUACCUGAGGCUUCAACUACUCCUGGACCUCCAGUGGAAAAGACGCCAAAUACUCAGCUUCAUGGAUGCCCAGUGAGACGUAGAGUUCAUCCCCCUCAAGGGCAGGUUCGACACUUCAUGGUGACACCUUCACCAGCACAGCCAGAGCAUUUUCAGAAGUUCCCACAACUGCCAAUGGAUCUACUAAAAAUAAUCAUAUCCAUAUCACUGGUAUUGUGGUUAAUCAGCCCAAAGACGGAAUGUCCUGGCCAGUGACUGUGGCAGCUUUGCUCUUUUCCUGCCUUGUACUGUUUGGUCUUGGAGUGAGAAAAUUGUGUCAGUACCAAAAAGAAACCAUGGAAAGACCUCCGCCUUUCAAGCCGCCACCUCCCAUCAAGUACACCUACAUUCAAGAGUCCAUUGGAGUUGAUCUGCCUUGUCAUGAGCUGGAGACACUCUAG